GCCAGUUCGAUUUAUAAAAUAAGUUGUGCUGGGCAAAGUUAUCUCUCUCUCUCUCUCUCAAACACUUCCCAAAUUGGAACUCCCAGCCAAAAGCCUUCACAGGUGGUCUACAAUGGAUAAUUUGCCCCACAAAAUGCCCAGAAAGGCUCUCUUUGUUAACGCGAUUUGCUUGCUCAGCCUCAUCCCAAUAAUCAAAGGAGCUGACCCAAAUUAUAUCGUCAUAGAAUGCCCGAACACAAAUCUUAGCACAACCAGUACCUACGCCCCAAACAGCACCUACCGAACAAACCUCAACACCCUCUUAUCCAAUCUCUCCUCCAACUCCAACGCAUCCAACGGCUUUUACAAGUCCACCGCCGGCAGCAGCCCACCGGACAUCGCCUACGGCCUCUUCCUCUGCCGCGGCGACGUGUCUGCUGUCGUUUGUCGUGACUGCGUCGUUUAUGCUACUGGGGAUACAGUCCAACGGUGCCCUGGGUCGAAGCAGGUCACAAUUUGGUACGACGAGUGCAUGCUGAGGUACUCCAAUGAGUCCAUGACUCCAUCCAUCUUAUCUGUUCCGGGGAUAGGAGGUGCACUUCUGACGAAUACGCAGAACGUGACGAAUGCGACCCGGUUAAACGAAGUUUUGGAAGAGGUAAUGACCAAUAUAACCGAUCGGGCUUCGAGUGAUGACUCAGGCAAGAAGUUUGCGACUGCAGAAGCCAACUACUCAUCAGUUCAAUCGGUGUACGGACUAGCACAAUGCACGCCGGAUUUGUCUGAUUCUGAUUGCAAUAACUGCCUCCGAAAUUGUAUCUCGCAGUUUCCGAGUUGCUGUGAUGCAAAACGAGGAGGGAGAGUGCUGUUUCGGAGCUGUAAUGUCAGGUAUGAGAUGUACCUGUUUUACAAUGCCAGCGCCGCUCCGUUGCCCCCUUCACCAGUCGUCCCUCCUCCUCCUGGAAGAAAAGGAAACGCGAUUACAAUCGGUCUUAGUGUAUCAGCAUCCGUAGUGCUAGUGCUGCUUGGUUCUGGUAUCUACUGCCAAAGGAGAAGGAAAAGAAUAGCAAAAGAAGAGAGAGAAAAUAACCAAGAAGUUCAAUUACUUGACUUGGCGCAAGCUAGAAUUGUUGAUGGUUACAGCACUGAUAAUUUGCAAGGAGAAAAGCCCGCAAAGUCGCACGACUUUCCUUCAGUUCAGCUAGAUCUUGUACUUGUAGCUACGAAGCAUUUUUCUGAAGAAAACAAACUCGGAGAAGGUGGAUUUGGUCCAGUUUACAAGGGUACAUUACCAGAUGGAAAGGAAAUUGCAGUAAAGAGGCUCUCAAGAAAUUCGGGCCAAGGACUUCAAGAGUUCAAGAACGAAAUAUCUUUAAUCGCAAGACUACAACAUAGAAAUCUUGUCCAACUCUUGGGCUGUUGCUUGGAGGGGAACGAGUUGAUGCUAAUCUAUGAGUACAUGCCCAACAAAAGUUUAGAUUUCUUCCUCUUUGAUUCCACCAAAGCUUCACAGCUAGACUGGAAGAGACGCUUUCUCAUAAUUAGUGGGAUUGCUCGAGGCCUUCUGUAUCUGCACGAGGAUUCUCGACUUAGAAUUAUUCAUAGGGACCUUAAGGUCAGCAACAUUUUGUUAGAUCAAGAAAUGAAUCCUAAGAUAUCAGACUUUGGAAUGGCAAGAAUUUUUGGUGGAAAUCAAAGUGAAGCCAACACAAACAGAGUUGUUGGAACAUAUGGAUAUAUGGCUCCAGAAUACGCUAUGGAAGGACUGUUUUCUGUUAAAUCUGAUGUCUUCAGUUUUGGAGUUCUCUUACUAGAGAUUAUAAGUGGGAAAAAGAAUAGCGGUUUUUAUCUUUCUGAGCAGGGUCAUAGCCUCCUUACUUAUGCGUGGAAUAUAUGGUGCAAAGGUGAAGGAAUAUUGGAGUUGAUGGACCCAUUACUGGCGGAGUCAUGUGUAGCAACAGAAGUGUUAAAAUGUAUCCAUGUCGGAUUGUUGUGUGUCCAAGAAGACCCUGCAGAUAGACCGACGAUGUCAACUGUAGUUGUUACGUUGGGAAGCGACAAUGUAACGUUGCCUCAACCAACACAACCAGCAUUUUCUGUUGGGCGUUUGGUGUUGAACUCAUGUCAGUCCUCGUCACAUGCUAACGAAGUCUCUGGGGAUGAGAUGACAAUCUCAGAUGUAUCAUUGGAUCCUAAGGAGGCUGUGGCUAGAUCAGCUUAUGGAUGGUCUGAAUUUGAGGGGGUUUGGGAAGGGUGGAUAAAGGCUAACUGUGAUGUGGCACUGAAGAAAGGAAGUUCUAAGGCAGCCAUUUACCAAGAGCCUAUUACCAAGGAAAAGCAAUUGUCUGAGACUUUUGAAGGUCUUAAGAAGAGAUUCCUUGAUGACAUCAUGCAAUUAUCCAAAGAACAAAUUGAUGCAGAGGAUGCAGAAAUGCAAGGCAUAGGGAGGGUAUCAAUGGAACGCCAAAAGGUGGAGAAAAUGCUUGUUGAAGAGCAAAUAAAGAACAUCAUAGCAUGCGACAAGGUUGUUGCAGAGCUAUGGCUUUGGAGUGCAGAUAAGAAGCGUAAAGAGGCAAAAGCUGGGGAAUUUCUACCAGCUAAUCACCCUGUAAAUGGAUGUAUUUUGAACCUUAAUGUAUGCUUUUAUGAUCUAGAAAAUAUUCCUCCACAAAAUACCCGAAGUGGCUCUAUUUGUUACUUUCUUUGUUCAGCUUACGCUAUUUGCUUGCUCAGCCUCAUCCCAAAAAUCGAAGGUGCUGACCCAAUUUUCUUGGCCAUAGAAUGCCCGAACACAAAUCUUAGCACAACCAGUACGUACGCCCCGAACAGCACCUACAAAACAAACCUCAACACCCUCUUCUCCGUUCUCUCCUCCAACUCCACUGUAUCCAAUGGCUUUCACGAGUCCAACGCCGGCAGCAGUGUCCCCGACAUCGCCUACGGCCUCUUCCUUUGUCGUGGCGACGUUUCAGCCACCAUGUGUCGAGACUGCGUCGUUUACGCUAUUGGAGAUGUAGUUGAAAAGUGCCCCUGGGCAAAACAGGUCACGAUCUGGUACGACAUAUGUAUGCUGAGGUACUCCAAUGUGUCCCUGAAGCCAUCCAUCUUUUCUGCUCCAGAGACCGGAAGUUGGUAUAUGUGGAAUUUGCAGAACGUGACGAAUGUGACCCGUUUAAAUGAAGUUUUGGAAGAGGUAAUGCCCAAUAUAACCGAUCGGGCUUCGAGUGAUCACUCAGGCAAGAAGUUUGCGACUGCAGAAGCCAACUACUCACUAUCCAAACAAGUGUACGGACUAGCGCAAUGCACGCCGGAUUUGUCUGAUUAUGAGUGCAACACAUGUCUUCGGAAUUGUAUCUUGCUGUUUCCGAAUUGCUGUGCUGGCAAAGUUGGAGGGAGAAUGUUGUUUCGGAGUUGUAAUAUCAGAUAUGAGAUGUACUCGUUUUACAAUGCCAGCUUCGAUGACGCACCAUUGCCCCCUUCGCCAGUCGUCCCUCCUCCUCUUCCUCCUCCUCCUCCUAGUACUACAACUACAAGCGGCCCUGGAAAAAAUGGAAACAUGAUCACAAUCGGUGUUAGUGUAUCAGCGUCCAUAGUGGUGGUGCUGCUUGGUUUUGGUAUCUACUACCAAAGGAGAAGGAAAAGAACAGUGAAAGAAGAGACAGAAUAUAGCUCUGAAGUUCAAUUACUUGACCUAGCGCAAGGAAGAAUUGUUGAUGAUUACGACACUCAGAAUUUGCAUGGAGAAAAACCCGCGAAAUCACAGGACUUUCCUUCAAUUCAGUUAGAUAUUAUACUAGUAGCUACGAAGCAAUUUUCUGAAGAAAAUAAGCUUGGAGAAGGUGGAUUUGGUCCAGUUUACAAGGGUACAUUACCAGAUGGGAAGGAAAUUGCAGUAAAGAGGCUCUCAAGAAAUUCCGGCCAAGGGCUGCAAGAGUUCAAGAACGAAAUAUCUUUAAUUGCAAGACUACAACAUAGGAAUCUUGUCAGACUGUUAGGCUUUUGCUUGGAGGGGAACGAGUUAAUGCUAAUCUAUGAAUACAUGCCCAACAAAAGCUUAGAUUUCUUCCUUUUUGAUUCAACUAAAGCUGCAGAACUAGACUGGAAGAGACGUUUUCUCAUAAUUAAUGGGAUAGCUCGAGGCCUUCUGUAUCUGCACGAGGAUUCUCGACUUAGAAUAAUUCACAGGGACCUUAAAGUUAGCAACAUUUUGUUAGAUCGAGAAAUGAAUCCCAAGAUAUCAGACUUCGGAAUGGCAAGGAUUUUUGGUGGAAACCAAAGUGAAGCCAACACAAACAGAGUUGUUGGCACAUAUGGAUAUAUGGCUCCAGAGUAUGCUAUGGAAGGACUAUUUUCUGUUAAAUCUGAUGUCUUCAGUUUCGGAGUUCUCUUAUUAGAAAUUAUAAGUAGGAAAAGGAACAACGGCUUUUACCUUUCUGAGCAUGGUCACAGCCUACUCACUUAUGCGUGGAAUUUAUGGUGCAAAGGUGAAGGAGUAAUGGACCUGAUGGACCCAUUACUUGUGGAUUCAUGUGUAGAAACAGAAGUGUUGAAGUGUAUCCAUCUCGGAUUGUUGUGCGUCCAAGAAGACCCCGCAGACAGACCGACGAUGUCAACUAUAGUUAUUACAUUGGGAAGCGAUAGUGCAACACUGCCUAAACCAACACAACCAGCAUUUUCUGUUGGGCGUUUGGUGUUAAAAUCAUGUCAAGCCUCACCAAAUGCUAACUUAGUCUCAGCGAACGGGAUGACUAUUUCAGAUGUAUCAGCCCGAUAAUAUGUCAGCAAAUUCUUUCUUCUUUUUUUGGUUUUCUGGCAAAAUUCAUGUACGAUAAUUUUUGCUUUUCUUUUUGAACUGCAGUAUUUCAUUUUUGCUUUUCUUUUUGAAUUGCAGUAUAGUAUCAUUUAUGCUUAAUAAGAACUUUUGUCUACUUGGUUUGAUCUA